AUGCCUGCUAGCCCGGAACCUGCUGCCGCGUCGCCGGUAGCUGCGCCGGUUGACCCCGUCAAGUCGGAGGACACCAAGGACACUGCCAAGGAGACGGCUACUCCUGCUGCUGCUGCCGCCGAUUCCCCAGCGCCUGUUGCUGAGGCUCCCGCGACGCCUGCCCCGACCACGCCCGCUCCGUCCCAACCCGCACCUGCUGCCGACACCGAGGAGAAGAAGGAUGAGAAGAAGGAGGACGUGAAGGAGGGCAAGAAGGACGAGCCGGCUGCCGAGGAGCCGUUGCCGGACUCGCCCGAUGGAAUCAUCAACAUGGAGAUCUUCUCGCAGAUCCAGGACAUGGAUGACGAGGACGACGAGGAUGGACCAGGGUCGCGCGAGUUCUCCAAGGGCAUCGUGUGGGGAUACUUUGAGCAGGCCGAGGCGACGUUCAAGCAGAUGGAGGAGGCCAUUGCCGAGGCGUCGCUCAGCAACCUGUCGUCGCUGGGACACUUCCUGAAGGGAUCAUCAGCAGCGCUCGGCAUCAUCAAGGUGCAGAACUCGUGCGAGAAGAUGCAGCACUACGGCAACUUGCGCGACGAGGAGGUCGGCGAGAACCUCGAGGAGGGUGAAGCGUUAGAGCGGAUCAAGCAGCUGCUCGUCGACUGCAAGCGCGACUACGGCGUCGCCUCGCGCUAUCUCCGUAGACUGUACAACGAUGAGGACAAGGCAGCGUAUAGCAUAAGUUUAAGGCAGUAUGUAGUCCAAGUUGCGCAUUCCCGUCACCCUGUCACCCCCGCCGUCUUCUUCUUUCUCUCUCUUUCUCUUUUUUCUCCCAUCCCCACCCCUACCCAUAUCCAAGGUUCCCUGCAUGACACGUAG